AUGAUCUUUGCUCGCAAUUUUAGUGAUACCCUUCUCCCUCCUUCGGAAUGCCCGAUUUGCAGACACGGCGCCUCUUGUGAUCAACCCUACAACAACCCACCCACAUUCUGGAAGUCGGCCAUCCUGGUAGUAACUGAAAGCAGAAGCUAUGCAGAACCCGUUGCCCAAAUAGUGGCUACAGACAUAGAUCUCUGUGCGCCCUCAAAAGAACAACGUCAGGGUGACUGUCAAGUUAUCAACUAUUCACUCUACUACACGCAGGAUGAACAAGAUUUGUUUAAUAUAAGCUCGAAUGGAGAAGUAUUUUUCAAGUCGUUGCAACACUUCAAAAUUUGGAAGUCUAAGGGAAUAAGUAGUUUCUCUGUGUUAGCAAGGAAUGCUGGAGAGUUUGCUGCAGAUUUUAGUUCCACUCAUGUGAAAGUGGUGUCUGGAAGUCCAAGCGGUGUGUCUCCCAUGAGACCGAAUUUAACAAAGCCUCCACUUUUAACAAUUCUUCCGUCCACUGUGGAGCCGACAUCGCCUGGAUUUGGGACAUUCUUAACUCUUUGUCUUUGUCUCCCAUUUGGUGACCCUGUGGACGGCUUUCUGCGACUACGGGGACUCCGAAGUGGAGGCCGAUUUCUGACAGGCGGAUCCCUUCGUAUCAUUGGUGUGGGUAAAGCAGAUGCAAACGUUCAUCUUUCUUCGGCCAAUCAGACUGUUUCAGCAAAAUAUGAUAUAGAAACUGAAAUGGCGUUAGGCCGCAUUAAAGUGUCAAGUCGAAACUCCUCCAACGCUUGUAACCGCUUGGACAUCAACGCGGUGGUGAUUGCUCCGCCAAGCAAAGAGUUACAGUCACCCAUCAAGGCUCUUCUUGAGGUGACCGUGGCUGUGACAAGGUCUGAAAUUAAGCUCGUACAAAUUCCCUUCACGAUUGUCAAAAGCGGUGUCUCUCCGUCGUACAAACCCUCUCUGUCGGAUGUUUCGAACAAUUCUGUCCUUGUACCUGGCGUGUACAGCCAAGUUCAUCUGGCUGUCAGAACAGUACUUGAGGGGCAAUACCAGCUCGACAUCAAAUUAAUGAGCAAAAACAUGGAAAUUCACAAAACGACAAUCGGCUACCCGAAGGGAAUAACUGCGACGGCACAACUUCAGGAAUUUGGCGGCACUGUCUCUCUCAUUCUGUAUACGAGCUUCAAUUAUCUUGCUCUGGUUCCCAAUUAUUCACUUCCACUGAGCUCGUUUAUGGUGCGGUUCAAUCUACUUGUGACGGAACACUCGUCCGAAACCUACGACUUGGAUGUCACUUUGAAACUUAAGGCGCAUCAUGAUUUUAAAAAACUGCGCCUCAGCUUCAGAACAACGGACUGGCCUGGAAACCCAUAUGACUUAAAGUUAAGCAUUGUCAAUGUGGAAACAAGAGAAGGGGUGCAACAUCCUCUGCAAUCCGGUGAAACUGUUCUGGUGUUGAUGGAGUUCCGGAUUCCGGGGAAAUCGACUGUGGACUACACAGCAACAGUUAGCAUUGUUGACAGUCAAAGUGCCACACUUGGCUGUCCGUACUUUGAGUCAGUAGGAAAGAGCAUAUUUUUGGAUGAAGCUACUGUCGACUGUACCACCAAAGAUAUCACAGAUUCUCCAUUGCUGAAGUACUCUUACCACCUUGGUCCCGCCAUUUGUGACAGUGACACUGACAACAAGAUUAAUUUGGGCAUUUACAUGCGGAUAAAAGCGACUCCUUUCAAAGGAAAGGAGGUCUUGACUCUAAGGGGAGUAGUUGAGGGUUUGGAGGUCACCAAGUCUCUGUCGAUCUCCGAUGAGUCGCCGCGGAAGCUUGGCUUUCCCUUCCUUGAUGAAGAUUUGUCACUUCGAUUUUCCGGACCGCAUGAAGUCGAAAUGUAUUCUCGGGAGACCUUAACUUUACAACUUUACUUCUGCUCACGUCCCGGAGUCUACAUCAACAACCUGAGCUUUGAAGCCCUCUCGGAAUUUAGUCCUGAAACGGAGGAAGUCAUUACCAUAAACUGCAUUAGUUUUAAUCGCUCUGUCAACAUAGUAGGUUUGCAGUUCCCACAAUCGCAGGAGCAAGUUAGCUUCAGAAAGCCGAGUGGUCAAAUAUUUUCAAGAAAAAUUGGUGCUGGUCCUGCUUACAACACCGGCUACGGCUAUAAGAAGAAGAACCGGUUGCCGAAAACCACCGACGACUGUAUCGGCAUCGAAGUGACAUUUCAACUAGCUGAUGCCGAAGAGGUGUAUUCUGGUGCUGUCUACCCAGUUCUCACGAAAAUCUUCAAUGACGACCAGCUUCUGCUCAAGCUGAGGGUGUCCGUCAAAGUGAUCGACCAACCAUCGCCUACACUGAAUGUAGAAAUACGCUUUAUUAAUGUAAAGCGUAACGGGAGCGGCAAAUACAUUUUGGAUCUGGAACUGAGCAUUGCAAAAGCCUCCACUCUCGAAUGUCACGACGCGGCCAUAUGGUUGAUGCAUGGCGGUUUUUUCAAUGUUAGCACUGUGAAAAUGAGAAACAGUGUCAUGAAGGUUGAUUUAGCUCCCCUUCCCAGUGGUACUGGCAUUUCCCUUGUCAAGCAUGGUGGCGUAUACUUUGAUUCAACUGGCAUAAUGACACUUGCUCUGAAGCAGAGAAUACCUUUUAAGGUGAAAGGAAAUCUUGGCUUUGGCGUGAUUGGCAUACUGCGCUGCAGGACAUACGACAGAUCUCUUGGGUCAAAGAUCCGAUCAUACGAGCCACCCACCUUCUUUCAGAAUCACGCACUCCUCCCCAUUGAGGUUGGAGACGCAAUUGCACCUCUUUCUCAUAUUCAUUUACGGCUCUGUCAAGUCCGAGGCUGUGGCAAUGUGGAAGACCUCUUUUACGAAUCUGGAAUGGAUAAGUUUUGGAAUGCUCGUGCUGAUAGUCGUUUGGAUAUUCUUUUCGGCCAAUCCGUCACAAUCGACAUUUUAACUAUCCGAAUAAAAUCUAAGCAAAACUGGCCAACGUCAAUGCACGUGCUAACAACAGGAGAUGGAAAUUCAUUUUUAUUUCAAGUAGAGAAGUCGCUUGCAUUUCCUGCAGCAGCGUUGGAGACCAAUGUGUCCCUCAAUAGCCUGCCCCAACAUCGCGGUCUGAGGCUCAUCAUUAAGAACGCCUACUAUGAGCAUGAAAAUUUAGACAUCAAAAUGGCUUUUUUUGGUACAUAUGGCUUAAAGAUGAUGGGCGAUUUCGAUCUGGGGCCUCAAAUCGCCCAAGUAGUGUCCUACAUCAGAUCGAAGAACGUAAUGCUCGGGAUUUCCCUCACGAAAGAUAGUUACCUAAUGAGUAACGACUCUGGAGACUCGUGGACAUUCAUCGAUCGUGGCUACUUCACCUCCUUGCGAUUUUCUAAUGACUCUAUUCCUGUGGUUCCAAUCCCAUCGGAAAAAAUUUCUGAGUCAUUCAAGCCAACUGUCAAAGGAAAACAAUGCACAAAUUUUGUUGUUAGAAAUUGGCACUUUUGUUACAGCGGUGUUUAUUACGGGGACACCGGUGUACUUGAGUGGAAUUAUCGUUCGUAUCUCUAG